CAGCCCAGCCUGGAGGAGGCACCGGGAGCAACAUGCAACCCACCUCCAGCACCUGCUCUAUCGAGGACUUUAAAGUUGGAAGUCUGCUCGGUAAGGGAUCGUUUGCUGGUGUCUACAGGGCUGAGUCCAUUCACACCGGUUUGGAAGUUGCAAUCAAAAUGAUAGAUAAGAAAGCCAUGUAUAAAGCUGGAAUGGUACAAAGAGUCCAAAAUGAGGUGAAAAUACACUGCCAAUUGAAACAUCCUUCUAUCUUGGAGCUUUAUAACUAUUUUGAAGAUAGCAAUUACGUGUACCUGGUACUAGAAAUGUGUCACAAUGGAGAAAUGAACAGAUACUUGAAGAGCAGAAUGAAGCCCUUCUCAGAAGAUGAAGCUCGACACUUCAUGCAUCAGAUCAUCACAGGAAUGUUGUAUCUUCAUUCUCAUGGGAUAUUACAUCGGGACCUUACACUUUCUAACAUCUUACUGACACGUAAUAUGAACAUCAAGAUUGCGGAUUUUGGUUUGGCAACUCAAUUGAAAAUGCCACAGGAAAAGCAUUAUACGUUAUGUGGAACUCCUAAUUACAUUUCACCAGAAAUUGCAACUCGAAGUGCACAUGGACUUGAAUCUGAUGUUUGGUCCUUGGGCUGUAUGUUUUAUACAUUACUUAUUGGGAGACCACCUUUUGACACUGAUACAGUCAAGAACACGCUGAAUAAAGUAGUGUUGGCAGAUUAUGAGGUACCACCUUUUUUGUCAAGAGAGGCCAGAGACCUUAUUCAUCAGUUACUUCGUAGAAAUCCAGCAGAUCGUUUAAGUCUGUCUUCAGUAUUAGACCAUUCUUUUAUGUCCCGAAAUUCUUCAACAAAAAGCAAAGACUUGGGAACUGUAGAAGACUCCAUUGAUAGUGGACAUGCUACCAUUUCUACUGCCAUUACAGCUUCUUCCAGUACCAGCGUAAGUGGUAGUUUAUUUGAUAGGAGAAGACUUUUGAUUGGUCAGCCACUCCCAAGUAAAAUGACUCUAUUUCCAAAGAAUAAAAACUCAAGUGAUUUUUCCUCUUCAGGAGAUGGAAGUAGUUUUUAUACCCAAUGGGGAAAUCAAGAACAAGAAACUACCAAUAUUGGAAGGGGAAGAGGAAUGCAAGACAGAGAAGAAAGGCCACAUUCUCGAUACCUUCGUAGAGCCCAUUCCUCUGACAGAUCUGGCACUUCUAGUAGUCAGUCUCGAGCAAAAACCUAUACAAUGGAACGCUGUCACUCAGCAGAACUGCUUGCAAUGUCUAAGAGAUCAGGAGCAGAUGAAGAGAGAGACUCGCCUACAAACAGCAAUGCCAAUAUCUUUCCCUUCUUUAAAGGAAAAGUGUCUCAUAGUCCUGCAUCUUUUGAAAGAUCUGACAACGAUCAAGCACUCUCCAAUCAUCUUGGUCCAAGAAAAAAUCCCUUUCCAUUUUCAGACCAGACAUCUCAGGCUGAAAUGGUGCAGCAGUGGUUUGGAAAUCUACAAGUUAAUGCUCAUUUAGGAGAACCCACUGAACAUCACGGCAUUACCCCAUGCAGAGAUUUCCAGGGUCAUCCAGAUUUCCAGAAGGACACAGCAAGAAAUGCCUGGAGUGAUAGAAGAGCCAAAACCAGUCCUGAUGCUACUGUCAAUGCACCUUCUGUCAAACAGCCGAAUCCCAUGAACUAUAUGCCUGCACUUCAUAGUAAACCUGAGAUGAUUCAACAAAAAUCUGUAUUUGCUUAUGACCCUCUUCCGGAACAAAGCAAGACUAGGGUGAUGGAGUCACCAUCAGGUUAUACGUUACGAAGCAUUACCUCUCCUCUGACUGCUUACAGACUAAAACCAAUCAGACAGAAAACCAAAAAGGCUGUGGUGAGCAUACUUGAUUCAGAGGAGGUAUGUGUGGAGCUUCUAAAAGAGUAUGCAUCUCAAGAAUAUGUGAAAGAAGUUCUGCAAAUAUCUAGUGAUGGGAAUAUGAUCACUAUUUAUUAUCCACCCGAUGGAAGAGGUUUUCCUCUUGCUGAUAGACCGCCCUCACCUACUGACAACAUCAGUAGGUACAGUUUUGACAACUUGCCAGAAAAGUACUGGAAAAAAUAUCAAUAUGCUUCAAGAUUUGUUCAGCUUGUAAGAUCUAAAUCUCCCAAAAUCACCUAUUUUACAAAAUAUGCGAAAUGUAUUUUGAUGGAGAAUUCCCCUGGUGCUGAUUUUGAAGUUUGGUUUUAUGAUGGAGCCAAAAUACACAAAACAGAAGAUUUGAUUCAUGUGAUUGAGAAGACUGGGAAGUCUUACACCUUGAAAGGUGAAAGAGAAGUUAGUAGCUUGAAAGAGGAAAUGACAGUGUAUUUGGACCAUGCCAAUGAGAGUCACCGUAUUUGUUUAGCAUUGGAAUCUGUAAUUUCUGAAGAGGAAAGGAAACAUGGAAGUGCUCCCUUUUUCCCAAUAAUUAUAGGAAGGAAACCUGGAAGUACCAGUUCACCUAAGUCCUUAUCACCACCUGUGGACCCAGAUUACUCAAUGAGAGAUACAGUGAGGAUGCAUAGCGCUACAUCUGUAAAACAGGCACCAGUACUUAGUCCUUCGAUGGCCAAUAAUGAAGAACGUGACCUUACAGCUGCAGCUUCUAGAACAGACAGCUCUUCUUCUAGCUUAAAACAUUGUCUUCCCAAAUCAGCACAGCUUUUGAAAUCUGUUUUUGUGAAAAACGUUGGUUGGGCUACACAGUUAACUAGUGGAGCUGUAUGGGUUCAAUUUAAUGAUGGAUCCCAGUUGGUCGUGCAGGCAGGAGUGUCUUCCAUCAGUUACACAUCACCAAAUGGUCAAACAACUAGGUAUGGCGAAAAUGACAAAUUACCAGAAUACAUCAAGCAGAAAUUACAGUGUCUAUCUUCCAUUCUUUUGAUGUUUGCUAAUCCAACUCCUAGUUUUCAUUAAUUAAAGCUCCUUAAAUAGAUAUAUAAGCUUAAUAAAUAACAUUUUGGCUUUCAA